AUGUUAUAACAACAAUUAACUAAGCUAUUUAUAAAAUAUGAUGAAUCCAUUCCAUAGGAUAAUAUCCUUUUUAAAACUUAAUUUUUCAAGAUGAGUAAUCAUAAAUAAGUCACUUUACUUUUAUGCAGUGAUGAUUUCAUUUAUAAAAUAAGUGGUAAUAAUACUAAAGUUUAUAUUCUUAAACUCAAUUAUGAAGUAAGAUUUUCUGUCAAAGCUGAAUAAACUUCAAAACAAAUACAUAAAUAAAUGAAAGGUGAUGAAUUUCAUACACAAAUAUACAAAUUUACUCUUGAAAGGGAUGAUUGUAAUUCUGUUGAAUUUUACAAUUUCAAUUUCUAAACUAUGUAUUGGUUUGAUUACCUAAGAAAUAAAUUACACAUGUUAGAUUAUCAAACACAUUAUGAAAUUAAUAAGUUAAUUGGUAAAGGAUCAUUUGCAUCUGUUUAUGAAGCCAAAGGGAAGAAUGAUCAGUAAUUUUAUGCAGCAAAAGCAUUUUAUAAAAAAUAAGUAUUUCAAGAUCCAAAAGGAAGGGAUUAAAUAGAAAAUGAAAUUAAUGUAAUGCGUAAACUCAAUCAUCCAAAUUUGAUCAAUUUACAUGAAGUUUUUGAAAGUAAAGCUCAAAUUUAUUUAAUAUUGGAUUUAGCAAGAGGAGGAACACUUGAAUAUGCAUUGAAAGUUAUGAAUGCCCCAGUUCCAUUUUUAAGUGCAAAAGAUUCAUGAUUAGGGCAUAAUUCAUAGAGAUUUGAAACCAGAUAAUAUACUUUUUAGAGAUUUCAUUCCUCUUAAAAGAUAUGGUCUUAUAAAUGUUGGUAAUAAUAUAAUGAUCAGUGAUUUUGGUAUAGCCACUCCAAAAAAAUAAAGAAUGGCUGUAUAUUAAUAUUGUGGUACUCCUGGUUACAUGGCACCAGAAGUAUUUUUGACAGAAAAUGAUAACAAUUAAACAUAUGAUGAGAAAUGUGAUAUCUUUUCUUUAGGUUGCAUCCUCUAUUAUAUUCUUAUUGGUCAUCCACUCUUUGGAUAACCAGUUAAAUAGACAAAUAUGGAAAUGAAGAUUGAUUUUGCUUAAUUAGAAAAGGAUCUUAAUUAAAGUCAUUCAUUAAGUAUACUUUUGCAAAAGAUGUUAUCUCUAAAUCCAUAAGAUAGACCAUCUUGUAGAGAAAUACUUGAAUCUAAAAUAAUGGAAGUGGAAUAUGGAGAUGAUGGUAUACCUGUAUUCAGAGAUUUUCAGAGACCUAAAAGUAGUCCACCUAAAAGAAUGUAACCAUUACAUCCAGAUAUUGAUAGAUCGUAAAUAUUAUAUAAUAAUAAUUUUAGUAAGAGAUAAAGUGUGUUAAAUCCAAAGAUGAUUAAAUUGAUGCCAAUUCUUGAAGAAAAAUAAGAAAUAAGAAAUUCUGGAAAAGAUAGAACUACAAUCAUCAUAAAAUAAAGAAAUUCUCAUUUUGAUGAAGAGAGAACACCAGCAUAAAGAGUUAUCGCAGCUAGAAGAUCUUCUGCUUAUAUUCCAUCAAGUAAUCAGAAUAGUAGAAAAUGA